CAGGCGCAGAAAAGGGGGCGGGGGACUCGGCUUGUUGUGUUGCUGCCCAAGAACCAGAGACGGUCCUGCUGCGGUCGCAGCUCUUCCAGCCGCCCGACGAUGUCGUCUCACUUAGUAGAGCAGCCGCCGCCCCCGCACAACAACAACAACAACAGUGAGGAAGGUGAACAGUCUCUGCCCCCACCAGCCGGCCUCAACAGUUCCUGGGUGGAGCUCCCCAUGAAUAGCAGCAAUGGCAAUGAUAAUGGCAAUGGGAAAAAUGGGGGGCUAGAACACGUACCCUCCUCAUCCUCUAUCCACAAUGGAGACAUGGAGAAGAUUCUUUUGGAUGCACAGCAUGAAUCCGGACAGAGCAGUUCAAGAGGCAGUUCUCAUUGCGACAGCCCUUCCCCACAAGAAGAUGGGCAGAUCAUGUUUGAUGUGGAAAUGCACACCAGCAGGGACCAUAGCUCUCAGUCAGAAGAAGAAGUUGCAGAAGGAGAGAAAGAAGUGGAUGCUUUGAAGAAAAGUGUAGACUGGGUGUCCGACUGGUCCAGUAGACCUGAGAACAUUCCACCUAAGGAGUUCCACUUCAGGCACCCUAAACGUUCCGUUUCCUUAAGCAUGAGAAAAAGUGGAGCCAUGAAGAAAGGGGGGAUUUUCUCUGCAGAAUUUCUUAAGGUGUUCAUUCCAUCUCUCUUCCUUUCCCAUGUUUUGGCUUUGGGGCUAGGCAUCUACAUUGGAAAACGACUCAGCACGCCUUCUGCCAGCACCUACUGAGGGAAAAGAAGAGCCCCUGGGAAAGCGUGUGACUUGUGAAGUGGUGUAUUGUCACAGUAGUUUAUUUGAACUUGAGACCAUUGUAAGCAUGACCCAGCCUACACCCUAUUUUUACAUAUCCAAGUUCCAGUAACUCUCAAAUCCAGUAUUUUAUUCAAACUCUGUUGAGGCAUUUUACUAACCUCAUUCCCUUUUUGGCCUGUAAAACACUUUAGAAUUUCCUAACAGAGUUUACUGUUGUUUAGAAAUUUGCAAGGGCUUCUUUUCUGCAAAUGCCACCAGCAGAUUAUAAUUUUGUCAACAAUGCUGUUGUCUCCUUUUAGUACCACCAGACUUAGACCUGCAUCAUUCAUGGUAUAAAUUUUACUCUUGCAAGAUAACUCCCAUCUUUCUCUUAAAGCAAGACCAGGUUAGCAAAUGAUAUAAAAGCUUUGAUUUUUUUUUUUUUUCAAGACAAAGGCAAGCUUCUCUAAGCUUGAAUUUAUAGUUAUUAAAAAAGAAAGCAAAAACAAACAAAAUAGGACACAAGAAAAAAAAAUAUCCUGGGCAAUAAAAAAUUAUUUAAAACCAGCUUUGGAGCCACUUUCUGUCUAAGCCUCUUAAUGGCGCCUUUUUAUUUGUGGGAGGGAAGCUAUAUAAAUGAUAGGUAUAAAAUAGAAGAACAAGAAUACAUCAGCAGAUUUUAAUACUAGUAUGUUAUAAUGGUGUCUUUUCUAUGGUGUAGAAUCUUUAUUUCUGGUAAGGAAUGUCUCAGGCCUAGAAAUCUAUGAAGUUGCUUUGGGGACCUCUGUGUGUGUGUGUUUGGUAUUUUUAUGUUUAUUAGCUGCAUGUGAAUUUUUCAUGACUUUGAAUUUUUUUCUUUCUUUCUUUAUUUUUCCCUAAGAGGCUUUGGAAUGAGUUCCAAUUUGUGGUAUAAAUAAAUACAGGCUUCUUGUUUUAGGAAGCAUCACUUACACUCUGAAGCCUUUAAACUCUGAAGAUAAUUGUUUCAGAGUUAUUUCAAGCACUCGGGCAACUUUGAAAACCAGACUUGGGUUGUGGGAACAGUUGACAGAGUUCUGAAGAGACGCCAUUGGUUUUCUUCUGCUCUCUCCCUUUCUCAUGUUUACUGUACAACCUGCCCAAGGCGAUGUCUGUGAUUGUGCAGGCGCUAGCCAUUUCCUUCUCCUGUAGCCAUCUUUUCAGUUAUGUUCAACUCCUGAAGUUCCAGAACACUCAACAACUUCCUCUUAUGAUAUACUUUUUGGUUCAUUUCUCAAAUGUGAAGCUUUAGGACCAAAUUGUUAGAAAGCAACAGAUUUACCAGUCAUUUCAAGUAGGUUUAUUGGCUUUCUGAACACACAGCAUGAUUCUGAAGGAUACUAUUAUAUGUUUUAUAUAUAAAUAAUUACUGUUUAUGGUAUAAGCAUUGAAUAUUUAGAGAACCAUUGUUAAUUUGAAGGCUAGCAAUCUAUUCAGUAAAUAAGGAGUAUCAGGUUGACUUGAAUAAAAGCACUCUGACCACCAGGCUUGCUAGUUUGCAGAAACUCUCUGAGUCUUUUCUCUCUCACAUGAAGUUUUGUAAAGUUGAUGUGUUAUAGUGGAAAAUAACAUACAUAUUAAACAAAAAAAUUAAUUUCUGACUCUCUUUUUUCAAGAAUGUAGCUGGCUGUCUUUAAGAAAGAUGAUAUAUCCAAAUAGUCUUCUGAAUUCUUUGACUAUGUUUUUCUUUCUAGAUUUUGGUGUCUAAAUAAUUUUGGACAUUUUUUUAUUAUUCCUUGUUUCUAUCUUAUUCACAAAUCUGACAACACUUGACUUGCCUUCUGUAACCUAUUUAUUUCAAGUCUUCAUAUUUCUUUGGGAAGAAAGUCAAUCUGCUGGCCCGCUGACUUUGAAAAGCCUGAAUAAAGUUGGAAAAGCCAGUAAAGUUAGGAGAACUAAAGAGCUAAACUGUUCUAAUAUACAAUUUGUAUUACAGUUGGUAUCAUGGGAGGGAGAAGUAAAAUUAUACUUAAAGAAAAGCAGCUUUUUACAGGCAACACAUUACUCUCUUUUGAAAUUCAGUAGUAAUCCUGUCAGGUGUGUGGCUGAAUUUGGGUAUAUUUGUGGUUUCUUUCCAACAUUGAAAAUAAAUUUAGUCCUGCCCUUUUUCUUAAAAUAGCUGUGAAAUUUUGGACUAUUCCUUAAAACAUGAAUACAUGAUGACAGUAGAACUUAAUCAUAGGAUGAAAUCAUGCAGUAUUUAUUGAUAACCCUAACAUCUGGGAUAAAUGUUUAUGUUCCUACCCAGAUUUGUGUUGAAUGGAAACAGAUUGUGUGAUUGGAAAGGAGAAUUCGACAGUUAACAGUUGACAUUUUUAAGAUUAAUGUUUAGAAAGCUUUACACCUGUUUACAAUUUUAGGACGAAAAGGCAGUCUUCAUUUUUCUUACGUUUGAUGAAAACUGGCUUAAGAUAUUUGUAAAUAUAAUCAAGAGCAGAACUGCACAAACUUGCACAUGGAAAAGUGCAGCAAGUUACUUUGAUUGCAGUAAAAACAUCUAUUCUAAAAAAUGAAAACUGAAGACUUAGAUGAAUUUUCAAGUGAACCAGUUGUUGAAAUUAUCGGAAUUAACUGAGCCAAAGUGAUUAUGCAUUCUUCAUCUAUUUAGUUAGCACUUUGUAUCAUUAUAUACAGUUUACAAUCCAUGUAUAACUUGUAGCUACAAACAUUUUGUGCCAUUAAAGCUCUCACAAAACUC